UUACUUGCAACCUGUUAAGCUCAUGAAAUUUUCAACAUGAAAUCGAUGAAAUAGGCUUAUGGCAGGUUAUAUUUUCAUUCUUUACAAAAUAGCGCUUACGGUAAUCUUUAUUAGCGGAGUACAUGAGAAAUCAAAAGCCGUAUUUACGCUGACAACGGAUCAAAGCGGAUCGCGGUUAAAAACCGAACGGUGGGCAAUAAUUCCACCCUCGGCUCUCUCGAUUGAUCAGGUUGAUUUGGUGUUGCAAGGGCUUUACUUAUUUUUUUUUUUUAAAUUUUAUUAAGACCCCGUGUCAACCAACGCUUAUUACGGCGAAUGUCUGUCGAACUGAUUUUCGUUCGUGAUAAAAAAGCGAGGAGACAUCUAACAAAUAGUGGAGUGUACUGACAAUGAAUGUCUUUGAGUUAUCGCAGUGGAACUGAGUAAAUACCCCACGUUAAAAAAAGUUUGUUCUAAUGCUUGACGGAUCUGUGUAUGAAGACUUAAAGGUGUAUUUAUUUUGAUGAUCAUUUUAUAUACAAGAGAUACUGUGCUUUUUGUUCCAAUGUAGAAACAAGAUUUCGUGGAAUAACUCCACCAUGACUCUACGGAACAGCUUUCAAUCAUUGGAUUUACGAUUCAUGGUCGGAUGAAGAAUUUAGUGGUUUUUGAAAAUAUCCUUAUUUAUUGUUGUAUGUAAGUAAAUACUGUCAGUGAAAAUGUCGACUUACUCUCCCGAAAACAGCCCUCGUGGACCUAGUCCGGACAUACACAGGAGAGCCCGAAAAACGGACAGAAGUUCUUACAUUCAGAGGUGGAAAGUUUUACAAGAUCGAAAUCGAAAUCUACCAAAAAUCGAUUUCGGAACUAAAGCUCAAGUUGUUCCCAAGAGACAGAACAAGGUGGCGGGGAUCGGCGCGCGCUCCCUGACCUUGGACAGCCUGAAGCUGCCCUCACUGUGCACGGCCUCCAGCGUCAUCACUACCUCCACCCACACAUCUGGACCCAACGUCGCUCCCAAGUCUGACGUCAUACCCAACGCUAAAAAGACAGUGGGAAUUCAGAUUCGUGUAAAUCGAACAGAAAUAGCAGACACCAUACUGCCUAGUGUUCGAGUAAAAGUAAAGAUAAAGGAGAAAGAGAAGGACCUCAGUAGUUCGUUAUCCCGAUCACUGCCUAACAUUGCCACAGCGGUUCAAAAUGACGCCAAGCCAGCCUCCAAACACAGAUUCGAGCGAAUCUCCUACAGCAAGAAGCUUCAGACCAGGAGUGUGGAGAAAAAGGAUAAAGAAGAUGAACAGGCUGUGACGGAAGCGCCGUCAAAUAGUCUACAGGAGCUGGAGAAAUCGGGUAUAUACCAUAUUGAUCUAAGUAACCUUACAGGUGUAGUUCACAUUCAGAAAGACAUUCAGUCCGAGCGGAUAGACAGGGGCGAAGUUCUGAAUUUCCAGAACCGCUCCAUGUCCACCAUCCGUGAGAAUAGCCCGUUCACGGCGCGGAGCAGUGCAGACAUUAAGAGUCGGCUGGAGAAGGACAGACUGGGGCGCCGGAGUCGGAGGAAGAAGUGGAAGGACAACUGUAAAUGUAUGAGGUGUGAGAUCAUGAAGCGACAGUUCACCGAGGGUGACGACCAUUAUUCAAAGUGGGGGAUUUACCCAUGCCAGCAAUUUAACAGGAAAAAAUACUUUAAUCAGUACUUUUAUGAUAGUGACUAGACCGAACCAGUGUCGCCCUAAUGCAGAACAAACUGGAAGACGUGUUUUGUAAACAAAUCAUUAAUCACCAAUGACACGCCUGAUUGCCAAAAGAUAUUAAGAAAUAUUAAAUCUAUGCUUCAAGUUGAAGUACAAUUUUAAACUUCAAACUUCAUUUCGAAGGAUUUAUUUGCUAAAAACAUUUUUUGGCAGAGUAAUGUAGGCCACCGCGAACAAAUUCCCUGACAGCAGUAGCAUGAAAGGGAUUAGUGUUUUAUAAAAAGAAAAUUAAUAUGGUACAAAAGAAUCAUUAGAGUAAUCCCAAUUACAAGAAGUUAUUGCCGUUUCAUGUACUAAAUUUUGAAUUCAUUGGGUCAUAGUGUAUUCAAAAUAAUCGCCUCUCCAUUUACUAUUUCUUUUUGAUUUUGAAUAAUGUCAUUUCAGUUUUUGUUAUACACAUUUGUGUUCAUCUGGAAUAAAACGGUUUUUUUU